GCGGGAAUCGCCCUGAGCCGGGCAGCCCGGGGGGAGCGCCGUGCCCCGGACCCGCAGAGCUCCGUUGGGUGCGGGACGGUCCCGCUCCGGGUCGGGCUGCGUGCGCGUUGUGCCUUCGUGCGUCGUACCUCUGAGUGAGCUUCGUGCCGUCGGGUCGGGGUUGGUGCGCCGGGGCAAAGCACUGGGGUGGUUGGUGUGCUUAGGGUGGAGACGCUGGGAUGGCUGGUGUGCUGGGACAGGGCACUGGGAUGGCUGGUGAGGCAGGAUGGGAGCACUGGGGUGGUUGGUGUUCUGGGACAGGUCGGCGUGAUGCUCAGGCUGCUGUGACACACAGCACACAGCAGUGUGUGUCUUACUGCAGUGUGUAGAUUUCUCCUGCAGAGCUGAGGGCAUUGAAUGUGGCAGAGAAAUAAACACCCCGAUGGUUUAUGAGCCAGAGAUAGGGAGGUCAGUUUGAAAGCAGUUUGAAAGCAGCGCUAUAGGGAAAUAUGGGAAGAAUUCAUCCCUAAUCUAAUCUCACCGAAUUCCACAAGGAUGCGAGGCAGGGCUCCAUCGCUCCGGUUCCUUUGGUUGAGAUUUAAACAGGAAACCCCAAUGAUGUGAAAUGUUCCCCCAAACUCCAGGCGUGGUUUGAAGCCAUGUGCUGGGCAAUGCUCCUGCACAGUGCAGCACUAAGGGGACAGGGGAUGGGAAUGAAAGAAUUGUGGUUUAUGAGCCAUGGGGGACUCUGCACAACGCCUUGGCAGCUGAGGGUCUGAGGUCUGGUCUGGGGGUGCCCGAGGGCCCCAUCUCACCCCAGGAGCCCUGCUCACACUUUAGCCCCCACGCAGCUGAGUCAGCUCAGAAAAUGGGGGAGGAGGUGCUGUAUGAGGUGUCGGCCAUGUGGUGGACAGGGGAUGAGGGCUGGGUUCGGCCCACACGCUGCACCAGGGAGUGGAUGGUGCUGGGAAUGUGGCCGUGCCUCUAGAGAUCUGCAGGCUGAGGGGACCUCACUCUUUAGGGUCGCUGGCUGUGUGCAAACCAUGGUCCCAAGGACUUGGCAUGGCACAGCACUCUGCUUUUGGGGUCCAGCUCUGUGAACAUCCAUCCCUUCCGGUGGGCUCUUGGUCAGCAGGACAGGGACGACAGCUGCCUCUGCCUGAUGGAGCAGCUGCGGGGCAUCCAUCAAGCGGUCCUCGGGGGACAAAGGCACAUGCAGGGCGGAUGCGUGGAGCCACCCAACUUACAGAUGCAGCCGUGGGCAUGCGUGGCACUGGCAGUGCACAGUGACAUAGGCUGAGCCAUGGGGUGGCAAACACACGGGGAAGAGGCAUGGCUGCCCCAUCACCGCCUGCCCUCCCUGCUGCCCGGCUUUGCCGCAUCCCGCAGCCCCAUCCCCAGCUCUCCCCCAGCUGCCGGCCCCGCUGUAACCCAAGAAGCGCAGCCCGCGGGGCUCUGGAUUAGCCACGAGACAAUCGGGGUCUGUGGGGCGGCACAUGGCGGGGGUGGCUGCGGGCUCGCACAGCCCUCCUCCAUCCCUGGGGACGGAGCUCUGCCAGCGCCCUUCCCCCGCAGCGUUUGGGCUCCUGCCCCGUCCGUGGCACGGCAGAAAGUGCUGCCAGCAUCCCUCGCCCGGCGCCCGCCCUCGGCAGCAGCCCCUCUCCAUCCCCUCUCGCAGGAGUUGAUUAUUUGAAGCUGUCGGCAGUGUUUAGCUUAACCCUGGAUUCAUCGCCCGCAGCUGUUUCCAUCCGAGGAGGCUCUGUCUCACCCCGCCGUGUGCGCCCCGCCCGCACUGAGCCUCCGGGAGAAGCGUCGCGUCUGUAGGACGGUGCCACCCCCGGCUGCCACCCGGGCCCACGCUGGGGUCGCGCAGGUCGCCCUUGGGGCCGAGCGCAUCGCAGCGCAGCUUCACCCCUUCAGGCAGAGGCCCCGUGCCCGCAGCGAUGGCUCCGUUGGCUGCAGCCCUGCUCUGGGUGCUGCUGCUGUGGCCACACGGUGCCGGGACGUGGAGAGAGCACACCCCGCGUCUUCGUGUCACAUACGGAGAGCUGCUGAAGUCCAACAGCUCCCGGUGGCUGCUGGCCCCAGGGGACAUGCCGGGCUCCCAGGCGCUGCUGCUGGAUGAGGACAGGACCUGGCUGAUGGUGGGAGCCAAGAACCACAUCGUCCUGCUGCACCUGGAACAGCCAGGAAGGGAGCCUGAGAAGAUCUCCUGGCCGGCACCCAGGGCACAGGUGGAGCACUGCCAGCUGGCAGGCAAGGAUGUGGAGACCGAGUGCGCCAACUUCAUCCGCCUCCUGCAGCCCUACAACAGCAGCCAUGUGCUGGCCUGCGGGACCGGCGCCUAUCAGCCCAUCUGCGCCUUCGUGCAGCUGGGAGCCCGUGGGCAGGGUCCCGGGAUGCGGCUGCUGAGCCAUUCCCUGCAGUCGGGGCGAGGACGGUGCCCUUACAGCCCCCGGCAGCCCUUUGCUGCACUGCUGGUCGAUGGGCAGCUGUACUCGGGCACCUCCAGUGAUUUCAUGGGCAGCAGUGCCGCCUUCUUCCGCACUGAGGUCGGCGGGGCUGAGCGGGGCUACAUCCGCACGGAGCAGCACCAGGACCACUGGCUACAUGAGCCCACGUUCAUUGGGGCCUUCGCCAUCCCCGACACCCACAACCCACAUGACGACAAGGUCUACAUCUUCUUCCGUGAGACGGCCCUGGAUGGCGGGCAGUGGGAGCGGCGGCACAUCCACGCCAGGGUGGCCCGGGUCUGCAAGAACGACGUUGGAGGAAAGCGUGGCCUCAUCAACCGCUGGAGCACGUUCCUCAAGGCCCGCCUGCUGUGCUCCAUCCCCGGGCCUCAGGGCACGCAGACACACUUUGACCAGUUGGAGGACGUUUUCCUCCUUCACACACGAGACCCCCAGAACCCCCUCGUCUUCGGCCUCUUCACAGCAUCCAGUGCUGUGUUCAGCGGCUCCGCCGUCUGCGUCUACUCCAUGGCUGCAGUCAGAGCAGCCUUCAGCGGCCCCUUCGCGCACAAGGAGGGCUUCGACCACCGCUGGGUGCAGUACAAGGCCCGCGUCCCCUACCCCCGCCCUGGCACGUGCCCCAGUGAGACGUACGACCCACUGCUGCGCUCCACCAAGGACUUCCCCGAUGAGGUGAUCAGCUUCGUGCGCGCCCACCAGCUGAUGUGGGAGCCCAUCCACCCGCUGGGCCGCCGGCCCGUCCUGCUCCGUGCCAACGUUCCCUACCGGCUGCGGCAGCUGCUGGUGCACCGGCUGGAGGCUGAGGGCCGCCACUACGAUGUGCUUUUCCUCGGCACAGACGAUGGGAAGGUGCUGAAGGUGGGGCUGCCCGGUGAGGCGGGUGCUGAGGCUGUGAGCCUGGAGGAGAUCAGCGUCACUGAGGUGCCUUCACCCAUCCUGGACAUGAAGUUGUCACCAAAGCGGCAGGAGCUGCUGGUGAGCAGCACACAGGGGCUGCUGCAGCUCUCCCUGUCCCGCUGUGAGCUCUAUGGGCAGACCUGCAUGGACUGCUGCCUGGCCAGAGACCCCUACUGCACGUGGGAUGGCAGUGCCUGCACCUCUCUGCUGCUCACGGAGAAGCGGCGUGCCUGGUGCCAGGACGUGCUGAAGGCCGAUGUGCUCAGCCAGUGCCAGGACACAGCAGAGGGGAUGGCGGCCGUGGAGCAGCCGGUGUUUGGUGUGGAGAAGAACUCCACGUUCCUGGAGUGCCAGGCGCGCUCCCCGCAGACAGCAGUGCGGUGGCUGGCGCGGCGUGGAGAGGGGCUGGGGCUGAGCGAGGUGAGGAGCGGCAGACGCGUGGUGGUGCUGGAGCAGGGGCUGCUGAUCCGCCAGCUGGGCUGGGAGGAUGCCGGCACCUAUGAGUGCCAGGCCGUGGAGCGCUCCUUCUCCUGGCCCCUCAUCCGCUACAGCCUGCGCAUCAUCCGGCACGAGGCCACGGAGCUGCCACAUCGCCGUGGUAAAGGGGCCGAGAGCUCCUGGACAGACCCGCGGGUGCUGGGGGCACCGGGCAGCGGCAGCCUCGAUGCCUACUGCACCGCACUGCGGCUCCGGGAGCGGCAGCGGCAGAAGGCCUGGCAGCAGAAGUGGCAGCACCGUGCCCCCGAGAGCAAGAGCAGCCGCGUGCGCCGGCAGCCCUGGAGGCUGUAGGGGCACAGAACCUCUCCAAUAUGACUACCUCAGACUGUGCUGGGACUGUCCACCUUGGCACAGCUCCUGGACACAAAGCCUGUGUGCCCUGAGGAGUUGAUUCCCAUUCUUCCCCGGCCAGUUCUUAGCAGCAAUAAGGAAGACAAGAGGCUGAGAAUGGAAAGCAGCCAUUCUUGCACGUGGUUCCCAGCCCCCGGCAGCACAUGGACCUGUGGUGGACACAGUGCCCACAUCCAGCACCAUCCCGGUGGGCUGAGGGUACCCACCUCUCCCAUCCCAGCCCACAUUGCUUUUAUGGAUUCCAGAGUCAGAGAGACAACAGGCAGUUAUACCAACUUACAAUUUAUUAUUUAAAAAAAAAAAAUGACAUGAAACACAAGUAAAAAUAAAUACAUCAUAUAAACAACAAAUUGUUCCAAGUCUCUGCUC